UGUUGUUGCGUGUUAGGGUACUUCGUGGCUUACGGCCCCACAGCGUGAAAUAUCUCGGUAGUCGGGGACAGGUGGUUGCGAAGUGUUCGUGUUACACCGCGUCCAAAGUGGAUAUAUUUUGCUGCUUCUAAGGUUAAUUUGAUAAAACCUUUCUGCAUUAUCAAAAUGGAGUCCCUGCAAAGGAUGUUGCCAGCUCCCAGCCAGCGCCCCUGGGACCGGGAGCAGGAGGAGAAGCGGCCGGCGCCCACCUCUCGAGCCGUGGCCACCGUCGGCACAGCGCCGCCGUACGGACAGCGCGCCAGCUGGAUGCCCCGCAAUCAGACGGACUUCGGCAACGGCGGCGCCUUCCCCGAGUGUCACGUGGCGCAGUUCCCGCUGGGCAUGGGCGCCGAGAAGUCGUCCUCCGCCGGCUCCUCUAACGUGCUGGCCGUCCAGCUGGACGCGCAGGGCAAGGUCAAGUACGACGUGCUCGCCAGGCAGGGACACGCCAAAGACAAGAUCGUGUACAGCAAGUACACGGACCUGCUGCCGAGCGAGGUACUGGACGAGGACGAGGUGCAGCGACCUGAUGACGACGAGAUCCGCUCGGCCACCGAGAAGACGCAGCAGGCGCUGGAGAAGAUCACCAACCAGAAGAUCAGCGCCGCCAUGCCGGUCCAGGCGGCCGAGAAGAAGGCGCCGGCGCAGUACAUCCGCUACACGCCGUCGCAGCAGGGCGUGGCCUUCAACUCGGGCGCCAAGCAGCGCGUCAUCCGCAUGGUCGAGAUGCAGAAGGACCCCAUGGAGCCGCCCAAGUUCAAGAUCAACUCGAAGAUCCCGCGCGGCCCGCCGUCGCCGCCGGCGCCCGUGAUGCACUCGCCCACGCGCAAGGUCACCGUCAAGGAGCAGCAGGACUGGAAAAUACCGCCCUGCAUAUCCAACUGGAAAAACGCCAAGGGCUACACGAUCCCGCUGGACAAGCGCCUGGCGGCGGACGGCCGCGGCCUGCAGCAGGUGCACAUCAACGAGAACUUCGCCAAGCUGGCCGAGUCGCUGUACAUCGCCGACAGGAAGUCGCGCGAGGCCGUGGAGAUGCGUGCCCAGCUGGAGAAGCGGCUGGCGCAGAAGGAGAAGGAGCGCAAGGAGGAGACCCUGCGAGAGCUGGCCAAGAAGGCGCGCGAGGAGCGCGCCGGCAUCCGCACCACCGUCACGAAAGAGGACGAGGCGGCCCGCGAGCGCGACGCCCUGCGCCAGGACCGGCACAAGGACCGCGCGCGCGAACGCAACCUGGCGCGCACCGGCAACGACAAGCGCAGCAAGCAGGAGCGGCAGCGCGAGCGCGACAUCUCGGAGCAGAUCGCGCUGGGCCUGCCGGCGCGGCCCGGCGGCACCGGCGAGACGCAGUUCGACCAGCGCCUCUUCAACCAGAGCCGCGGCAUGGACAGCGGCUUCAACGACGAGGACGCCUACAACGUGUACGACAAGCCGUGGGGCCAAGGCGCGUCCGUGGCGCAGGCCGUCUACCGGCCCGGCAAGAACGUCGAGAAGGAGGUGUACGGCGACGAUCUGGAGAGCCUGAUGAAGACCAACAGGUUCGUGCCGGACAAGGGUUUCGAGGGCGCCGACCGGAGCGCGCCCCGCUCUGGCCCCGUCCAGUUCGAGCGCCAGGAGGAGUUCGACCCGUUCGGCAUCGACCAGUUCCUGACCAAGGCCAAGCAGGCCAGCAAGCGACCCGGCGACGAGCGGCGCGACGACCGCGACAAGCGGCGCCGCCACUAGGCGGGCGAUCUGCGGCGCCAGGCGAGCGGCCCGCGGGGAUAGGUCGGCGGUUUGUGGCGCGAGGUCGGCGGUCCGUGGCGCCAGGCCGGUGGUCUGUGGCGCUAGGCCGGCAGUCCGUGGCGCCAGGCCGGUGGUCUGUGGCGCUAGACCGGCGGUCUGUGGCGCUAGGCCGGCAGUCCGUGGCUCCAAGACGGUGGUCUGUGGCGCCAGGACCGGCGGUCUGUGGCGCUAGGCCGGCGGUCUAUGGCGCUAGGUCGGCAGUCCGUGGCGCCGGGCCGGUGGUCUGUGGCCGGUGGUUUGUGGCUAGGCCGACGUGUGCCACUGGGCUGACGCGGUCGGUCGCUGGGGCGAGGAAGGUCGGGUCGGAGCAGCGAGAUGCGCUGUCAGGUCGACGGUCGCGACAGACAGGCGGACCUCGGACGGACCGGCGUGCUCUUCUGAUGUCUGUGGCUGGUGAAGCACGUCCCCGGCCGGUGCCGGCGCUGCGCUGCUGGAGUGCCCCCCAGCGGUCACGGCCGACCUGUGACGCUCUGGGGGGCGCCGGCUCCCCGCGCCCUGCAGCCACCCUCCGGGCCCUGCUGCCACGGCGGCAGCGAUGCGCGACACCAUCAUCUGACGGCGGCUGUCAGUAGUGCGAGUGGCUCCGUGGUCCUGUGUCAGCCCCCGCCAGCGGCCGGUUGGAACGCCAGGCGAGGAGCGGCGGCAGCACCGUCUGGUGGUGGUGAGCAGAAGCAUGUUCCGCUCGUCGGCGACGCGCCGAUCACGUUCCCCGCGCCGGUGGAGUGCGCCUCUCGCCGCGGGCGUGGGGUUAACGUAGAAGUGCGGCGCUCGUGCAGACGAGGCCGCGCGCGAAAAUGUGCGGAUGUGGUCGGGUGUGGUCUUAGACAUGGCUGGUAUUGAAUGGCCUGGGAUGCAGUGUGCAGGGGAGUGUGGCGUGCCGGGCAACGAGCAAGUGAAACUUUGUGGUCGACAUCUUCGGUGAAUACUGGCCAUUCAUUGGUCUUCGACCUUGGCCACAUCUCUGUUUGGCGCGAAUGGCUAUCAUUUCCCUGUGUGUGUGCAUAUGUGUAGGCUGUAUGGUCAGCAGUGAUGUUGGUGUUUACAGAUGAUCGCCUCCUUACUUCGACAUCCAUUUGAUACGAUGUGCACUUGACGGACAGCAUCGCCCAAUACAUCCACAUGAAGCAGC